AUGGGUUCCAUGAGACGUCCCGAGGUAUUAUGGCGCUUGGGCCAGCCAGAUCAUCAUCAGCUGGGUUGGCACCCCCGCGAUGCUUUUGGCUAUACAUUUCAUUCUGAAUCGCAGAAAUGUAGAAACACAGAGGGAAGCGCCUGGAUCGCUAGUCUCGGUGACAACGAGAAUGAGGAGGAUGAAGUCGAGCAGUUGGAUGAGAAUGGUAAUCUCGAAAAGCGAAAGGUCGACCUUGCGAUCUUGGACUUAACGGACCUGGAGAACAAAUGCUUCAUACACCCGAUAUGA